CUUUGCCUGAUUCAGUCACGUUAGAUGAUAGCUAUAGAAAACAAAGGUAACAGAUACAAGCAAAGCAUAACCUCGUCAUUAUACUCCGUUCUCUAUAUAACAAUACGUACGACAUCACUUAAUUUGUGUCAAGUUUUUGCAGCAACAUGGAACUCUGUUGUUUCUACAAAAUGCUAACAAAAUUCAAUUCCACAUACUGGGAAAUCAUGAAUUCUUUUAAGAGUUUAACAGAAUACUCAUUUAGCAUUGCUAUCGCGUUAGUUGUCAUUGCUGGUAUCGCUAUCAUCACAUUCUUUGGCAAAUGGAAACCAAAAGGUUGCUUAAACCCGAAGAAAUUCAAGGAAUUCAAGCUCGUGAAGAGAACAAAAGUGAGUCACAACACUGACAGAUUUCGAUUUGCACUUGCCACGCCGGAAUCUACAAUAGGUCUUCCUGUUGGCCAAUACAUCAGAUGCAGGGGAAAGGAUAGUGACGGUGAAGAAGUUGUCCGGCCCUAUACUCCAAUAACUUUGGACUCAAAUAUAGGCUACUUUGAACUACUUGUUAAGAUGUAUCCCCAAGGACGAAUGUCUCACCAUUUCAGACAGAUGCGAGAGGGUGAUUUCCUGCCUGUGAUAGGACCUGUGGGACGAUUCAGGUAUCAACCUGGCCAAGCCAGAGCAUUUGGUAUGCUUGCUGGAGGUACUGGCAUCACUCCUAUGUUUCAGAUUACUAGAGCCAUAAUGGAAAACCCGAAAGACCAGGCAAAAAUCCAUCUUAUUUAUGCUAAUCAUACAGUUGACGACAUUCUUCUCAAGGAUGAUCUUGAUAGCUUUGCCCGCAAAUACCCAGAACGAUUUAAUAUCCAUUAUGUUGUGUCUGAGCCUCCUCUGAACUGGGAUUCUGGUGUUGGGCGUAUAUCCAAGGAAAUCAUUCAAAAACAUUUCCCUAAACCAGCAACUGAUGUUAUGAUAUUGAGGUGUGGACCACCAGGAAUGAACAAGGCCAUGGUAGCUUAUCUCAAUGAACUUGGAUACCUACCAGAAACGCUAUUUGAAUUCUAAUCUACUCAUCAGAUGUACAUUAAUGUGUCUACAACAUUCUAGUUAUUUGAUACACUAUCUAAUUAUGAACACACUCAAAUAAUGUCAUCGGUUUUAUUGCAACUUAUCUUUCUAUUUCAAAUUCUCCUCUAAAUUUAUGUUACAAAGUAUUACUCUGUCAAUGAAUAAUUUCAAACCAUUACACAUAUUUCAAUUGUAAGUUGAUUCAAAAGAA